AGAAGAACCGACGUCACGUGUGGGAGUAUUGCACUGUCUUUGAGUGAGUCCGUUCCAAUUAGACUAUUUUCUUAUUUCUUAACGUUGCCGAAAAACUCAUUCUUUACUAUUCAAAACUGCAUUUCUAUCCCUCUUUAAAUUAUUUAUUAUUUAGCUUUGCCCUUAUUUUCUUAUACACAGUCACGUAUAGCUUACAUUACUAUAUACAUUGCAUUCUAUUAAUUUGCGCGCUUAGAAGCGGCUAGUAACAGCCGGUCCGGUGCAUCGACCUUGCACUCGACCGUGUCAUUGACCGUGCGUGACAUUUACCUGCGCUUGCGCUACGGACAUAGCUCUUAGUAACAACCGGUACGGUGCAUUGACCUUACAGUUGAACGUGUCGUUGACCGUACGCGACCUUCGGCCCCUUCUUUCGGCUUCAGCAUUUCAUAAGACUUUAAUAUGGCAGAUUCUAUUAAAACAUUAAUUAAAAAACGUAGUUCUAUGAAGUCUAAAAUUACAGUUUUUAACAAUUAUUUAAAUUUAAUCAGUAGUAAUGCGGAUAUAUCUCAUUUGCAACGUUUGGACUUGGAGGAGCGUUUUAAUAGGUUCGAGGCCAUGUAUUCCGAUUUUGAUGCAUUACAGACCGACAUCGAGGUGCUUUCUGACGACGCCGAGGCCGAGUCCGCUCUGACCGACCGUGAGGAAUUCGAACGCCAGUUCUUUCGUGUGGUGGCUCUCGCUCGCAGCCUACUGGCGACUUCGCGCGACAGUGCUGGGUCUGUGGCGGGUUCUGAAGAUGCUAAUUCAGGUGCACUCAAUACAAAACAGAAUUUUGUUCGUUUGCCGAAAAUUUCGCUACCUUGCUACGACGGAUUUUAUCAAUCCUGGUUGGAGUUUAGGGACACAUACAUCUCACUGAUUCACAACAAUGCAUGUAUCGACGACAUCAACAAGUUCCACUACUUACGUGCCUCACUUAAGGGUAGCGCGGCUUCAAUCAUUCAAAAUAUAGACUUCAAAGCAGAGCAUUAUAAAAUUGCAUGGGACUUGUUGUGUGAGCGAUAUAACAACAACCGUGUCCUUGUAAAUAAUCACAUUCAAGCGUUGUUUGAUGUUGAACAGAUAUCGAGGGAAUCAAGUGUGUCACUUAGGGGUCUCGUUGAUGUCAUUAAUAAAAAUAUAAGGGCACUAACAACUCUAAAUCAGCCCACUAAUCAUUGGGAUACCCUCAUCAUCUUUAUAAUGGCAAAAAAGCUGGACGUCACAACUAGUCGUAACUGGGAGGAACACAAAAACUCAUUAACUACCGAUCCCAUUUUAUCACAAUUUUGUACAUUUUUAAAUAAAAGGGCUGACUUAUUGGAGUCAGUCGAGUCAAAUUUCAUUAAUUGCAGUACUUCAAUUGUCGCUUUAAAUAAUCAAACUAAUAAUAAUAAAUCUAUCAUUACUCAUAAUAAGAAAUCAAUUGCUUAUAAUAAACAAUCUGGCAUUAAAUGUCCACUUUGCUCUCAAGCACACUCAUUAUAUUCUUGUGAAUCUUUUAGGGCCUUAUCUAUAGAAAAUCGCAUUCAAAAGGCGAAAGAAUAUAAAGUGUGCCUAAAUUGCUUGCGCUUAGGCCAUAACGCAAAAUAUUGCAAAUUAACUCAUUGCAAAUAUUGCAAAGUUAAACAUAAUACACUUUUACAUAUAGAAAUAAAUAGUACAAUCCCAUCUCAUGAUGUUCUGCCUUCUGCAUCGCCUUCUCUGUCAAAUGAUGUCGCUUUAUCAGCCGAUACUAUGCAGCUUGCUACUUCUGCGCAUUGUCUACUUUCCACAGCAUUGGUGAACGUGACCAACGCUACGGGCAACAAGUGCACGGCACGUCUACUGCUGGACAACGGUAGCACGGCGAACUUUGUUACGCAGAGCCUGUCGGAGAAACUGGGUUUGUCACAACGCGGUACGAGCACCAAGGCAAAAACAAAAUGGUUCCAUUCAUCAGACGAGGUGAAACUUGGAGCUCUCGUCCUGAUCAAGGACAAGACAGCACCUCCGCUACUGUGGUGCCUGGGUCGGGUCGUAAAGAUCUACCCUGGCGUGGACGGCGUCACAAGGGUGGCCGAACUCAAGACGAAGAAGGGCACCAUUCGUCGUGCCUUCAACUGCAUCUGCCCUCUUCCUGAGCAUUGAAGACAUCACUUCAACCCCGGGAGUCUGUUGGCGCGCAAGCGACGACAGUGGACGGCUGCGGGGUCUGCGGGCGCCGCGGGGCAUCCGAGCCGGCAGCGAGCCCGAUCUGCCGCGACACCUCACUCGGCCAUUCCGUGCAUUGGGCACCGCACGCACUUCUCACUUUCUUAACACUUGUAAUAUAUAUAUUCUAAAAUACAUAAUCAUACAGUCCACAACGUGAUAUCAUUUCACCACCCUAACCGGGCC